AUGGAAGGGAGGUUUGGCAACCGAAAUGUAAUCAAUGUGGUGCACGAAGUAGGCAACUCACUUGCAGAGAACCUGAACAACGAAAACGAAGCAGUUGGAGGGUCUGAAGUAGACAAGAGCAGUCAUGGAGCGCACAAGCUCGAAUUUCGCAACGAGGGCGUCAAAGUGCAGCAAUCUAGUCAAACAGUCAGCAAAGAAAAAGUGAAUGUUGGUCUGUCGCUUAUUCACAGCAUUCUUUUCAAUGUACUCGCACAAAUUAGAACGCAUGAUAGCUACUAUGCGUGCUAUACCAGCGCCAAAAAACAUUUCGAGGGCAAAAAGUUGGAGCAAGCGGAGGUGGACACUCUAUUUAACAUUCUGAUGCAGUACCCAAACGCCAUUUUGUCUGCCAUGUAUCUUCCGGUGCUCCUGCGGUUUCUGGAAUGGUGUGAGCAAACGGCAAACAUACCAAGCAGUGUAAGGAUAGGAAGGUCGCUGGUGACCCCGUACAAGUGUCUACUUUUCCUGCAUGACAAUUGGGAAGACUAUCAGUAUAACACGGGAACGUUAUACCAAGCCUUUGAAGCCUUCAAGCUUUUGCAGAGUCUUCAGAUGGCCCUGUUCCCAGGAAGUAAGCCAAUCACAUACAAUGAUCCAUCCGAUGCUGACGCGGCAGAUGUAGCUUGGCGACCUUUGGCUGACUCCGAAAUUGAGGGAAUCAUUGAGGCGCUAACGCAACAAGGUGGCUUUGGAAAUUUUGAAACCGUCGACAAGGCCAUUGCAUCCUCCUCGUCCCAACGACCUCCUAUGGCGGAAAAUGUACACGUACCAGCUCCACCCGUAUAUCCUGUCUUGGGCACGUCACACCCUUCAGCGACAAGCCCCGUCGCAAUGUCUUUUCAUACCUUAAAUCCUAGCACUUAUGCGCAUCCUCCGUUAUCCACAACCGAUUUUGCAGAACCUUUAAGUGGUCAUUAUACCGUUCCUGAGGGUCUCGCUACCAGCGAAAAUAAAUCCGAAGCCAUUUUCAAUAAGACCAUCGCAGAUAUGGUGCAACGCCUGUACAAACUGGAAACUUCACAAGCAAGUGUGAUCAGCGACAAUGUGGCACUUAAAGCGACUUUGGAGAAUUUGAGGACCAGACUUGCGGUGCUCGAGAGUCAUUUAGACGACAUCACUUCCAAAAGGUCGGAAACUCAGUCUGCGUUUAGCAGAACUCCAAUGAAAGUGCACAAGGCGUCUUCCAGAACAUCUCCCAGUUCAGUCUUGAGUGCCAUCAAUCCAAUCAGCGCUGGCUUAAAAAUCGAACCGGCGUCUCCAUUCAGCAUGGAAAAGCAGCCAAAGACUGCAAUGGCGGACCCAAAUUUAACCGAAUACGAUCGACCUUUCUCCUACGAAUCUGCAUCUGUUCCUCCACAGGGAACAACGAGUCUAUCUGUCGUCCAACCUUCAGAGCAAGCCGCAGCUGAACCAAAUCCUGAAGACGUAAUGUACCUAAAUUCCGAUGUUCUCGGAAUUCACGAGCCACACGACAUAAUAGCACCGAAGACACUUUCCAGAAAGCCAAGGCUUAAAGUAAAGGAUGUUCGAGGUGCUCGAUUAUCAAAAGGUGAGCAGUACCAGCCGCCACUUACCGCAGAAGGGAAAAGCUAUUUCUUGGACGAAUCCGGAAGACUAGCUAUCGUGAUGGCCAACGAUCAAGAUUCCAUAUAUGGGAUCUAUAACGAAUACUAUCAAUCAUUAAAGCCGCAGGUUGAAGCGUUUGUCGGCGACCUAGGAAAGAAAUCACUUGUACAGUUUCGCAAAAAGAGGACUUUCCAGAAGAAGAAAGCCUUCGUGUAUCUUGUUGAGCGUAUUGCUCACUUGCGUGGCAUUCCUGCUGAGAAGGUUCUUGAUAUGAUAGAUGAAGUUCGCAUCAAAGAAAACAAAUCGGUUGUAUGGGCAUGCAAUAAUUUGGGCUUAUUGAAGGGGGCCAUUGCGCAACAUCACUCGGAAUUAAAGGAUGCCGUUCUGUCAGAAACGGAACAAUAA